UUGAUAAUCCCCCGGAUUGUUCAGUCUAAAAACCAUGACCAGCCGACAAUUUAAGAAAGAAAUUCUCAAUCUUUCAAGAGCACUGAGUCAUGUCGUCGAGUAGAAAAGAAUAUUAUGCUAGUAGAGAUGCCUCUAAAGUGUAUUUGUUGGGUUCUUUCCCUCGAUGGAGAGCGUUUAAGGAGCAGCAUAAAUUGAGAACAGACAAGGAUGUGGCGGAUAUGCUUCUUGACAGCUAUCUUGCGAUGAAUCGUAUAGUUUGCAAUGCAGACACGCAAACCGAAACAGUAAUGGAAUCAACGGAUAUGCCGCCAAGUACACCUUCCAAAUAUUUUUAUUCUCCCAUUAAAACCUCAACGCCAAGCGCGCACUCAAAUCUGCGUCCAUUGUCUGCUUUGUCGGAUGUUAGAACAUCAUACAUCUCUACUGUGGAAGAAGUCAUCCUUGAAGAUGCAAUCAAGAAGGAAAAGUGUAUUGUGUUUACAGACACUCUUAUAGCUUUGAUAACAUCAUUAAUGGGAGUGUUUGUAAACGACAAGGAUGUGGUCGUGUGUUGAGCUAUAAGAAAACAUAUGUUGGAACAUGCCUGGUCGUAUCCUAGGGGUGUAGGUCUGGUCAUGUUGGAGGCAGAUGGGCAGCUCAACCCUCUUGCAACAAGAUUAGAGCAGGCAACCUUGUGCUUGCUUCUGCUUUGUUGUUGUCUGGCAAUUCCUACGCCAAGGUGGGGUUGAUGUUCAACUUCUGUAAUCUGCAGUAUUUCUCAUCAAUAUUAUUCAAUCAGUAUCAGAAGUUGUACAUCAUCCCUGCCAUUAAUGACUACUGGGAAGAACACAAACAGAAAUGUUGGAAAGAAAGAGAGAACAAAGAGGUUAUAUUGAGUGGUGAUGGAAGGAAUGACUCGCCUGGCCAUAGUGCACAAUAUUGUACUUACCGCUUGGCUGAUACCAAUGAUCGUGCCAUACUGCAAAUGAAUGUGGUUGAUGUGAGAGAAGCUGCUGGUAAGAGCAAUAAUAUGGAGAGGAUUGGGUUUGAAA